GAAAGAGGAAAAGAGUGCAAGGGAGUGAGGGAGGGAGGAAAAUAAACAACAAAAAAUGUCCUCUUCCUCCCCCACCGGGCAGAUUGCAAGUGCGGCGGACAUCAAGCAGGAGAAUGGGAUGGAAAGCGCCUCGGAAGGACAGGAGGCGCACCGAGAAGUGGCGGGGGGCGCGGCGGCUGGGCUGAGCCCCCCGGCUCCAGCUCCUUUUCCCCUGGAGCCGGGGGACGCCGCGGCUGCCUCCAGGGUAAGCCGGGAGGAAGGGGCGGCGGCGGCCGGAGCGGCAGAUCAGGUACAACUCCAGUCGGAACUUCUGGGCAGGCACCAGCACGCAGCCGCCGCACAGCCCCCGCUGGCCUUCUCCCCGGACCAUGUCGCCUGUGUGUGCGAGGCGUUGCAGCAGGGGGGCAAUUUGGACCGCCUGGCCCGGUUCCUGUGGUCCCUGCCCCAGAGCGACCUGCUACGUGGCAACGAGAGCCUGCUGAAGGCGCGAGCGCUCGUGGCCUUCCACCAGGGCAUCUACCCUGAGUUGUACAGCAUCCUCGAGAGCCACAGCUUCGAGUCGGCCAACCAUCCGCUGCUGCAGCAGCUCUGGUACAAGGCGCGCUACACCGAGGCCGAACGAGCGCGCGGCCGGCCCCUGGGCGCCGUGGACAAGUACCGGCUGCGCAGGAAAUUCCCCUUGCCCCGCACCAUCUGGGACGGCGAGGAGACGGUGUAUUGUUUCAAGGAGAAGUCGCGCAACGCGCUCAAGGAGCUUUACAAGCAGAAUCGCUACCCCUCGCCCGCCGAGAAGCGGCACCUGGCCAAGAUCACCGGCCUCUCCCUCACCCAGGUCAGCAACUGGUUCAAGAACCGGCGGCAGCGCGACCGUAAUCCCUCCGAGACCCAGUCCAAAAGUGAAUCAGAUGGCAACCCCAGCACUGAAGAUGAAUCCAGCAAGGGACAUGAGGAUUUGUCUCCUCACCCACUUUCGGGUGCAUCUGAUGGCAUCCCCAACCUCAGCCUUUCUAGCCACAUGGAGCCAGUAUAUAUGCAACAAAUUGGAAAUGCUAAGAUAUCGUUAAGCUCUUCUGGAGUUUUGUUGAAUGGAAGCUUGGUACCUGCAAGUACUUCACCUGUCUUCCUUAAUGGUAAUUCUCUUAUUCAGGGACACAGUGGAGUUAUCCUUAAUGGACUGAAUGUGGGAAAUACGCAGACAGUGUCACUGAACCCACCAAAAAUGUCCUCAAACAUUGUGAGCAAUGGCAUAGCCAUGACGGACAUCCUGGGAUCUACCGCCCAGGAUGUGAAAGAAUUCAAAGUCCUGCAGAGUUCUGCUGUGAACCCAGCAGUCACCACCUCCUACAGCCCUAGUGCCCCCGUGUCAUUCCCAGGGCUGAUACCCUGCACUGAAGUGAAAAGAGAGGGCAUUCAGACAGUGGCCUCCCAGGAUGGUGGCUCUGUGGUGACGUUUACUACGCCGGUGCAAAUUAACCAGUAUGGCAUUGUCCAGAUCCCUAACUCCGGAGCCAACGGCCAGUUCCUUAACGGGAGCAUUGGAUUCUCUCCACUGCAGCUGCCUCCUGUCUCAGGAGCAGCUUCACCAGGUAAUAUUUCAGGAAAUCCAAGCACUUCAGACGGAAGCACAUUUACAAGCGAGCCCGCCACAGUCCAGCACAGCAAACUUUUCCUGAGCCCUCUUGCCCCCAGUGCCGUGGUAUACACUGUUCCUAACUCAGGCCAGACUGUAGGAGCUGUGAAACAGGAAGGCUUAGAAAGAGGCCUGGUCUUUUCUCAGCUGAUGCCCGUCAAUCACAACGCACAAGUCAAUGCAAGCUUGUCUUCUGAAAAUCUCUCUGGCGGUGGCCUCCACCCACUGGCCUCUUCCUUAGUUAAUGUGUCCCCAGCUCACAGUUUUUCCCUGACUCCCCCUACACUACUAAAUCCCACUGAGCUAAACCCUGACAUCGCCGAGAGCCAGCCGAUGUCUGCACCUGUGGCAAGCAAAUCUACUGUGACGUCUGUCAGCGGCACUAACUAUGCAGCCCUUCAGAACUGUGCGCUUAUCGCUGGUCAAGAUCUACUGUCAGUCCCGAUGACUCAGGCUGCCCUGGGGGAAAUCGUUCCCACAGCUGAGGAGCAGGUGGGGCAUGGCUCACCAGCUGUACACCAGGACUUUGUCCGAGAACAGCGCCUGGUUCUGCAGUCUGUGGGUAGCAUAAAGGAGAAUUUCUUACAACAUCCUGAGAACAAAGUAACAAACAACUUAAUGAUGUUGGACUCCAAACCCAAGUAUGUCCUAGAUGGCAUGGUUGAAACUGUCUGUGAAGACCUGGGAACGGACAAGAAAGAGCUGGCCAAACUCCAAACUGUCCAGUUGGAUGAAGACAUGCAAGACUUGUAAGCCUGAUUGACUGAGCACAUACCCCCUUUCUCCUUUCUCGGCAGCAGAUCUUCCCUUUGUGAAGCCAUGAAGAUGGAGCGCAUUGGCCCGUUUAAAGGAAAACAGUCUACUUCUACAAGCAAACGCAUUUGGGUUGGUCUGCCUGAAGAUCAUAGUCAAAUAUACAAUAGUGGAACUGCAUUGCUGGAGCUUUUCUGUUCACACCGUGUUUGCUUUUAAAUAGACGGCGGCGAGUGAAAUGUAUCAAACCAUCGUAUAUCAUUUAGUCAGCUACAUAAUUCUAAGGUCUGAAUGGGACGUGAUAGUAUGUUAAAUUUAAAGCGUAUACACCUAACUUAGACAAUUAAAUAUUAGCUAGAGGCUGUUAGGAGCAGUGCAGUUGUUUGUUUGUUUGUUUACUUUUUCUCCAUGGGCAUUGAGAUGGUUAAGAAACAAUGGUACUCUAGACUAUUAUAAGAGUGUAUUUUUCAAAUUAAGUAGCUUAUAUGUGAGUGUCCAUGUGUGUGCGUACACAUAGUCAGCAUUUCGGGGACAGGCUUGGCUUUAGGUCUCUACAUGUUUCCAAAUGUGAUUGCUAAUAGUUAAAUGUGGCAGAAAAAGUUUGAAACGCCACUAAACUCUAACACAACUUGGGUAUGAAUGUAAAUAUGCCAUUUCCAUAAGCAAGAUCUGAGAAAAUACAGUGAGUUUUUAUU